AUGUUCCACAGAGCUGGUCUUUACUCCAAGAGUACCGGUAGCCCAAACAACAACAAGCACAAGAACAGCAACAACUCCGGUGCCAUUCAGAACGACAGUGAGGCGGCAUCCGACCAAAUAAGCAAGAAAUCCAAAAAACGGCAAUGCGUUCACAGGAUCAAUGGAACUCUUCUUCGGCUACGCCAAUCCUUUGCGAAUACCGCACCUCUUUGCAAAGCCAUGUAUUCUUGUCUUUUUAUCAUUAUUGGCAUCUCGGUACUAAUACUUUCGAGUCCAGCAAUAUCAUUCAAAAGAAUAACUCAUGGAAUGACGAGAUCCCGCCAACAAGUCUACAGCAACUAUCAUUUUCAUCAGCCACGCAUGCUUCAACUGAUUAUUGAUGGUGAUGGUGAUGGUGAUGGUGAUGGUGGUACCUCAUCAUCCUCCAACCUUUAUCAUUAUGGAAAAGUCCAAACCACGGCACUCAAUAAUCACGACAAUCUUUCCAAAACCAUCCAGGGGUCCUCGAAGAAUAAGCAUCAUCAUCAUCAUCAUCACCACCACCGCCUUAUUGAUGGCGAAGCAACCAGCAAAAAAUCAAAAAAGGAAAAAGGAGCGAGUUCCGCUCUGUACAAAGCAAGACAGAGGGAUCCAUUGCACGAAGGAGACUGUGAACCAAUGCGGUGGUGGCAAGAAACUAGUUUUCCGUCUUGCAACAUUAUGCAUGAGAAACAUUUCGAACGAGAAGUGGCUUGGCUGACCAAUGGUGGGUACAAUUCCAUCUUUCGUACAGUCGACAAUAGUAGUAUGGAAGGGGGGACCACUACCUACAUUCUCAAGAUUUUGCAAUACGAAACGCCGCACACGGAUCGAAACUUUGACCGCGUCCGACGAGAUUCGCUCCUCAUGGAACGAGGUACCGCUUCCAAGUAUAUCAUGAACAUUUACAGCUAUUGCGGAUUUACGCAAAUUGUCGAAUUUGGAAGACAUGGCAAUUUAGACGAUAUUCUUUGGAAGGCCUACGACUCGGUCACCCAACCACAAAAGCUUCAGAUUGCGACCCAGGUAGCCCAAGCCUUGGCCGAUGUACAUGAUCUGGAUGGUGAUGGGAUUUCUAGCAUGAGUCAUGGUGAUUUUGCGUCCAAGCAAUACAUUUUGAUUGACGGCAUUUUGAAAUUGAAUGACUUUAAUCGAGGUCGAUUCAUUCGAUGGAAUCCAAAGUUGAAGGAGUCCUGCACUUAUACGAUUGGUGUGAAUGAUGGCAAGUUUCGAGCACCCGAAGAAUAUCAAUAUGUUCCAGAGACUGCAGCGAUCGAUAUUUGGGCUCUGGGAAGUAUCUUUGUCGAGUUGGUGACGGGCUAUGAAGUCUGGUAUGGAUAUCAGACGGAGGAGGCUCAAAAGAGAAUCGCCAAGGGAAAGCUACCUUCCUACCAAAAGCGGAUUCAGAAUAAAACGGAUCCAAUCAAUGAAAUAUUGGUAAAGGCAAUUGCCAUGUGCUGGGUUUAUGAGCCAAAGGAUCGGCCCAAGGCUGGAGUUGUUGCCGAUUACCUCAAGGGGGAAGCAAAACGACUCGGUAUCGCUUGGGAGAAGAGUAUAUUGUCUGCGAAAUAG